AUGAUCGUGGCCCUCGCGGUGCAGUGUGAUUCUUGAGCUCCGAUAGAAUGUUGAAGAAACGUGCGGCGAUCCUGGUGAUCUUCUUCUGCCUUUCGGCAUCAGCUGCACCAGUGCCGGAAGCGGCCCAACGGCAGCGGCCCGGGGAGCUAUCGCAGGAAUCGCGAGCCAUCGCCCUGAUCCACCAUCUCACGUAUCUGAUUGACUACCUGGUCCACUACGUUCUGGGGGCCCGAGAUCGUAAAACACCACCGGAAGCGGUCGACUACUACCAAACGGCACUCGUCGAGGGCCAGGAGGCGCAGAGCGCGGACGAGAAAAGUCGGCACCACAAGCCCAGCGCGGCCCGCGCCCAGCAAGAGAUGGAAGCGUUGGACAAAAUGAUGAAAUCGUAA